AUGAAGCUCCCCUGUGUGACCCUGGGCGCUCUGCUCCUCCUGCUGCCGGCUGGCCAUGGAGGCACAGAGACCUCUGCUAUCGACCUGCGCACCUUCAUCGGCUGCGCCGUGCGUGAGUUCACCUUCCUGGCCAAGAAGCCUGGCUGCAAGGCGCUGCGGAUCACCACGGAUGCGUGCUGGGGACGCUGUGAGACCUGGGAGAGGCCAAUACUGCAGCCGCCUUACAUUGAAUCUUACCACCGUGUCUGCACCUACAAUGAGACCAAGCUGGUGACAGUGAUGCUGCCCAAGUGUGCCCCUGGUGUGGAUCCCUUCUACACCUACCCAGUCGCCAUACGCUGCAACUGUGACUUCUGCUCUACGGCCACCACUGAGUGUGAGACUGCCUGAGCUCUCCUUUCCCAGGUCAAGUUCCUCCCUGGCUCUACACCCCU